CCAAGUUGAAGAAUUCCCUCGAUGCUGACAACCGCGGGAAAGAGCAAGACGCGGCGCGUGCCCCUUCCUGGAAGUAUUCGGCUUCCCCGGGUAGCUGAAGCAUCCCCCGUCGGCGCAGUCGCUAUGUCUCAUUCUGCAAAGAAGCCUCGUACGCACCACAUGAUGGUGGCCCAAGCAAACAAGCAACUGAAAAUUCGCUACGAUGCGUACCUCGACCGACUGCUGAAUGCGACUUGUCCAGAGGAUGACGAGGAAGAUGACGUGAGUUCCCCCGUUGUGGUUUGUGAGUCGAUUUCGAAAGACGCUUUCCGAAAGUGGGAAGAAAAACACGGAGGCGACCUUGGACGUUGGGAGUACGUUCCGUUGGAUGCCAACUUUGGUCGCAUUGAAAUCGACAGUUUGACGUCUGCUGUACACGAAGAAGCAGCGGGGUAUCUGUACUGGACGAUUCUGCGUCAAUUGCAGCAUAUCGGAGGUGUUGAUAUCGGCGACACAUUGAAACAUCGGCCAUCCCAAACACAUGACGUGGGGGAUAGACUUCAACGCGCAGAUGAAACGAUGAGCGGUAGGCAGUCUGCCAACACGUUCCCGAAUGUCAUCAUUGAAAUUUCCUACUUGAACGGCUCGUGGAACACGCUCGUGGCAAAAUUGCAUCGCUGGAUCAGCCCCGAAACGACUGUUCAAGUUGCCAUUGGAGUCCAAGUGUGCAAGGUGCGCCGCCGUAUCAUUGUGAUGAUUCGAGGAGAUCCUCUGAUUGAGCAAGUGGUCGACUUUGACGUCAAGUCCCAUGCGAUCAUUCCACCAGCAACCUUUCCCUCGUUUCCCCUGCAUUUGAUUUAUCACAACGGCCCACUCCCAGCAGAACUGGCUGGACACGCCAAUGACGAAAUCGUGCUCGAUUUGGCUACACUGCGGGUGCGAAUUGCCGAAGCGCUGGCCGAAAUGCUGGCUGCUGCUGCUGCAGCUAAUGCUGCCGCCCAGUAACUAAUAGUAUUUUUAUCGGUUCUUUGUGUUCUAAACGAGUCGCUGCUUACAUGUAACGUAAUACCCUGGAAUGAAAUCGG